GAGUUAGUCAUGGUGGAAAAUUCGAGGAGAGCGUACCUAUGCGCAAGAAUAAGCUAAGAAGAAAAAGUUGAAUAUUGAUUAAAAUUUCUGCAAAAAAAAUAUAUAUGUAAUUAUAUAUUGUAAAUGUCUUUAAUUUAAGUGAUAAAAAUCAAAUAUUUGUGUAACGUUUAAUAUUUUAAUACGCGACAAAGUACAACGAGUGAAGCUAAUCGCACACGAAGAAAGCAAGAAGCAAAAGCACCAAUUAAAUAUACAAAAAUAAUUAAUGCAAAAGCAAAAACUUUUCUUGUGUGUGGCACAACUACAAAAUUAAGAUUGUAAGCGGUCGCCGUGUACUUUGCGAAAAUAAUAAUAAAAAAAAAAAUAUAUUGUAAUGAAAACUACGUUAAACAGAACCGAAUCAGAAUCAGUUAAUAGUGUGAUUUUUUGAACCUUUGUCUGUAAGUGAGAGGAGAAAGCUUUAAGCGGAAUCCCUUUAAGCAAACAUCCCGUCGCCAUUUUGAAAGUUUUAUAUACAUACAAACAAAAAUAUAUAUAUACGUACACAAAUACACAUAACCAACAGAGAAAAUCAACAAAAACAUCAGAAACUAUUCACGAUCCCCCUAUAUAAUAACUAUCGCAAAAGCUAAAAUAGUGGAAAACAGUGAAAACAAAUUCCUAAAAAUAAAUUCACAAAAAUUAAUAAUCCGUAUAACAAAGUGGAAAAGAAAAAACCCCCCGCAGCUGCGACGCAAUCAGUAACUGCGACACAUAUACAGUCGUCUUCUUCACUCUCACACCGAUUUACCGAAAUCAGUGAGUGUGCGAGCAAGCUAGACUGAAGCAACAACAACAGCAAUAUUCGUGUGAAAAGGUUUACAACUCAAAGACCCGGGACCCCGGCUUGGAUGACAGCUACGACAAAGGCAAAAAAAGAAGAGAAAAAUAAAAGUAAGAGAGUUUGGAAAAUUAGCGCUAAGAAGGAUAGCCUAACAAAAAAGAGAUAAAUCAACAGACUGAUAAACAAUACAUAAAGUUAAACUAUAUAAAGUAUAUUAACUAAAGUUGUAUAUAUAUAACGAGACACAAACCGAACGCAGCAGCUACAGAAGUAAAAAAGAAGAAAAGGAAACAACGUGAGCAACCGUAAACCCGUUAGCCGCUACUGUAGGAUAGCGCGAGAGAGGAGCAGGAGCUGAACAGGAAGAAAGAGCGGCAGUAGCAUCGUCGAAGCGAGCCAGAGUGACGAAGAAAACAACGGAUACGGAGGAAAGGCAGGAAGCGAAGCAGCAGCAGGUCGCGUUUGUUAUCGAUAAAUAAAAAGAAAACUAUAAAUAAAAAUUGAUUUUAAGUGCGUGUGAUAUUUAACGUUAAGCAUUAAUUUAGCCAAUAACCAAAAACAAAAAGGCAAAAAAGCAGAAAUUUUAACAAGGAAAGAAGAGAGAUUGAUCGAACGAGAAAGGGAAAGAGGAGAGAGCGCACUUGGGGUCAAGCUCAGUUUAGAUUGAAAAAGAAGAGGAAGAAGCAGCAACAGUGUUGGAGAAGCUUUUAACAGUGAAAGCAACGAAAAGCAAGAAAUUACUAUGACAUACUCGCACAAUAGUGUUAGAAACAACAUUAAAAUGACAACAGCAUCAGCAACAAAGUCUAUACGCUUGAAAAAGGGCGCCUCAACCCCAACACCGCCCCCAACAUCCACAACAACAAUAGAUACAGCAAGUCCCACGGUAAAUGCACAUUCCAACAGUAUUGCCAGCAGUACAAACUUCAGCAAUCAGCACUUCCAGCAGCAGCAAGUUUUGAGCACAUCGCCCACCCACUGCGUCCCCAUCACGCCCAACAACCGCAUGCAGCAGCCGCCGCAGCAGCAACGUCUGCAAAGCCAAUCCGCAGGCGCUAAUCAGCGCAGUCGGCAGCAGCGACAAUCGCCCCAGCAGAUGGGCGGUGGCGGCUUCUUCUUUGCGAACAAUAAUCGGCGCAAUGGCGGCGGUCCCCGAUCGCCACAAUCAGCAGCAGCAGGAGCGGCAGGAGCUGGAGCAACCGGCAGCAACAACGGCUAUGUACGCCAAUCUCCGGCUACGAUUUUGGGUGGCGGCUUCUCACCGGCGGUAUUUGGUUCUGCACGCAAGCAACGUCGCAGUCCAACAACAACACCAACGAGCAGCUUUGGCGUGGGCGGGAAAAUAUCGCCACAGCAUCAACUGAUACCCACCGCCUUGACGCAUUUCGCUGGCAGCAAAUGCUUCGAUGCACCAGCACCAACGGCAUUGCCCAAGCCGCCGCAGCACUGGACAUCAUUGUCCAAGUCCGAGGAGAAAUUGGUAGCCAGCAGCGCUGGCACCGCCUUGCAGAGUUUGUUGCGUGGCGGAGACAGAUGCAGUGCGUCCAAAUUGCAGCCAAGCCAUGGUGGCAUCGGUGGAUACGUGGUGAAGUCGUCCAAGCGCAAUCUCCUGGAUGAUUUUGAUACGCACAAUCUGAAACUGUUGCUGAACAUGCAGUCGUAACGCAGGAACCACAUCUAAAACCACAACAAUAAUCUGAACAUGGAGGACCCAACACGAACCCGUCAGACUUGGAAAUGAGAAAGGAAACGAUUAAAAAAAAUGAAAGGAUUAAAAAAUAUAAAAAUUGUAAAAACUACA